UUAACACCAAAACUAAUCGUUACUUCAACCAUCAUCCCUCUAUCCCCACCACCACGAUUAGAUACCAGUUUCUCAUUCUAGUGCCCGUCAUUUUAGUCGUACAUGCGAUGAUUGCGCGGGAAGUGGACCAGGCCCUCGUUCAGGCCCGCGUGGGGUCCGUUUUCUGAUGGAUUCAUUGGAAGGAUGCGAUCAAGCGACUAGUGUGUGGCGUCCCAAGGCUGAACUUAUACUCGUAGACAGAUGGACAACCCGGUAGCCGGACGACAACCUCCAACGUCUGUCUGAAUUCUCUCCUGGCGAUCACGCAUAUCCUGUUGUUCUUCAUGAUACCUCUACACUGAUCCCGGAUCAGCAGCCAACUCGCCAUGUCCCAUCUGUCCGCUUCGACAUUCACAUCCGGAUCGGGACAUGGGAGGAAUUCGUACGCGACUGUCGGACAGGACCAGGCUGAGAAGGAUGAUUAUCGAAGCAGCACUGGUGGGACGAUGAAGGGGAUAGAAGACGUAGACUUCAGAACAGCCGCCUCCUUGUCGCACAUCCAUCUUCUCGGCCUACUUGUCGAUGUUCUUUUGUCGCUGGUAUCGAUUGCCGUCAUCAUAUUCGUCUGUCUUGGUUAUCGCGCAAGUGGUAAUGCUUUGGGGGCUCAUGAACAGAGCCUGAUCGACAUUGCUCAGAUUGUCGCAACAGCUUUUCCGUUCGUUUUCGCCUUGAUACUCGGCAGAGCCUUGACGAAUGUCCUUUCCUACUGUCUGGAAAAGGGCAUAAAUUGUCUCAGCUUCGCAUACCUGAGCCGGAGUCUCACCUUGGGCGGCGCAUACACAGCUCCCUUCCAGAUCCGCCUACGCCACUGGUUGCCCGCUGUGCUUUUGGUAUACUGGACCUUCUCGCCCAUAGGCAGUCAGGCAUUUUUGAGGUUCAUAGUCGCACGGUAUGGACGGGUGACAACGCAGCUCCAAGAACCUGCGCAUUACAUCGUUCCAUCGGCCACUCUGACUUCAUCGACACCGAUGAAAAAUUUCUACCCAUCAGGGACGUCUAAUGCGACAUGUGAUCACUUCGAGAACAACGGUCAGAACUUGGUCUUCACGUCCUUCCUUUCGCUUGGUAGUAUGGUACGAGAGCCACUGGAUAACAUGGGUAACUUGAAAAUACCCGUCUUAGACGACUCGAAUUUCAAAGGCAAGAAAAGCGACUGGAGACAAGUGUCAGUGGAAGACGAGGAAUUGUCGCAUCCCGAGUUCGCCGCACUUACAGGCAUUCCAUUUUCUCUGCCAAACGCCACCCGGUUGGAACCGCAAAAUCCAGGUAACAUUACAUUUCGCGUGCAAUCGUGGUAUUGGCAGCUUGAAGAUCCCAUCCUUCACGAUACUUCAUCUCCUGGAAGUCUUCUCCAGGGACGUGAAUACAAUGGAUCCAAGGAGCUUGUCCAGUUCGGCGGAUCGAGCCGCAGAUGGCAAUUCGGACUUCCAUCGCGGCUGAAUACGCUGCAGGUAACUUCGAUCCCCAUAACCUUCGAUGCCAGCCACACGGACUUUCUCAACAACUCCCUCGACCUCCCUUGGUUCAUGAAUGCCAAAAAUUGCACAGGAAAAUUCUGUGCUGUCCGCCUCGAAGCCACCCUCGUUCAGAAGCCCGUAGAACUCAACGUGACAUGCAUCAAGUCCAGGCUCUGCACCGUUAUUUCACUCCGCCCGAGCACGAUGCCAAUGGACUACGACGUCACGACCGACAUGAUCAAAGUCGCCGAAUCGUUCCUCCAAGACUUCGGCCGCGCCUUUGCCUGCCUUCCCUACGUCUCCGGCGUCCUGGAAGCCUACCUAUUCGACCCGAUGCAAAACCCAUACAGCCUUCUCGAGGCCGAAAGAGGUAUAAUCAGCCUCUUCCACCUUGACGCCGAAACACUAGGCCUACGCCUCUCACAAAUCCUCAACACAUACUGGAUGGUACAAAACUUCUUCUUGCACAUCUCCGGUUCCUUCAACGCCAGCGACCCAGCCCUCACCCUCAAGCGCGCACUGCAGAACGCCACCGUCACAGAAACGAAACGCCAGGACGUACUCCACUACGACCCGGAAUGGGGCACCCUGCUCUUCAUAUCGACGACCCUCAUGCUCUUCGCUGCAGUCGCAUCCACAGUGCUCCGAAUUUUCAGAACCGGGCCCGACGUCCUGGAUUUCAUCUCCGCGCUCUCGCUGCACAACGGGACCGCGCUGCUCGACGAUGGAUCCUACCUGGAUUCCGACGAGAGGAUACGCUUGCUGAAAGACGUAAGGCUGAAGAUCGGCGACGCUGACGUGCGGGAGCCGGUCGGUAGGAUCGUCGUUGGGAGGGAGGAGGCUGUGGGUGAUUUGAGGAAAGGAAGGUUGUAUAUUUAAUGAGUGUAGGCGCAUAUCAUAUCUAGAUAGUUAGCUAGCUCGGUCAUGAUUUUCGGAUAUUAGUAGAUAGUUAAUAAUGAUUACAAUGAGAAAAAUCACAACGAC